AUGGAUCUGGUUACAGUCCUGGUGCUCACUGUCUCCUGUCUGCUUCUCCUCUCACUCUGGAGACAGAACUCGGGGAGAGGGAAGCUCCCCCCUGGUCCCACUCCUCUCCCGUUUAUUGGAAACAUCCUGCAGAUAGAUGUGAAGGAUGUCAGCAAAUCUUUAACCAACUUCUCCAAAGUCUAUGGCCCUGUGUUCACUCUGUAUUUUGGCACGAAGCCCUCUGUGGUGUUGCAUGGUUAUGAAGCUGUGAAGGAGGCCCUUGUUAAUCUCGGAGAGGAAUUUUCUGGAAGAGGCAGUUUUCCGAUAUCGGAAAGAGUAAACAGAGGCCUUGGAAUCCUUUUCAGCAAUGGGAUGAAAUGGAGGGAGAUCCGGCGUUUCUCCAUCAUGACCCUGCGGAACUUUGGGAUGGGGAAGAGGAGCAUUGAGGACCGUGUACAAGAGGAAGCACAGUGCCUUGUGGAGGAACUGAGGAAAAGCAAAGGAGCACCCUGUGACCCCACCUUCAUCCUGGGCUGUGCUCCCUGCAAUGUCAUCUGCUCCAUUAUUUUUCAGAAACGCUUUGAUUAUAAAGAUCAGAGUUUUCUUAACUUGAUGGAAAAAUUUAAUGAAAAUCUCAGACUCAUGAGCACCCCAUGGAUACAGGUGUGCAAUACUUUCCCUGCUAUUAUUGAUUAUUUACCUGGAAGUCAUAACCAAGUACUUAAAAAUUUCUUCUAUGUAAAAAAUUAUGUUUUGGAGAAAGUGAAAGAACAUGAAAAAACACUGGAUAUGGCCAAUCCAAGGGACUUCAUUGAUUGUUUCUUGAUCAAAAUGGAACAGGAAAAGCACAAUCCAAAGUCUGAGUUUACCAUAGAAAACUUGGUGGCGACUGUAACUGACAUGUUUGGAGCCGGAACAGAAACAACAAGUACCACUUUGAGGUAUGGACUCCUGCUACUGAUGAAGCACACAGAUGUCACAGCUAAAGUCCAGGAAGAGAUAGAGCACGUGGUUGGCAGAAACAGGAGCCCCUGCAUGGGGGACAGGAGCCACAUGCCCUAUACCGAUGCUGUAGUGCAUGAGAUCCAGAGGUAUAUUGACCUCAUCCCCACGAACCUGCCUCAUUCAGUGACCUGUGAUGUUAAAUUCAGAAACUACCUCAUCCCCAAGGGUACCACUGUAAUAACGUCACUGACAUCGGUGCUAUAUGAUGACAAAGAGUUUCCUAAUCCAGAGAAGUUUGACCCUGGUCACUUUCUGGAUGAGAGUGGCAACUUUAAGAAGAGUGAUUACUUUGUGCCUUUCUCAACAGGAAAGCGGAUGUGUGCCGGAGAAGGCCUGGCUCGCAUGGAGCUCUUUUUGUUCUUCACCACCAUCUUACAGAAUUUUAACCUGAAGCCUCUGACUGAUGUAAAGGAUAUUGAUACCACACCAAUUACCAGUGGAUUUGGUCAUGUGCCCCCUUCGUACCAGGCUUGUUUUAUUCCUGUGUAAAGGGCAGCCUCCUUAUGCUGUCAACUUGCAACUUCUGCAGGGUACUGUUCAUUUCACUCCUGGUAAUAUAGCUGUUUUCUCUCACAUUUCCCCAUUCCCUUGAGGUCCAGUGAAGCUCAGUAAGCAGAGUUCCCUGGGUUAAUACACAGUUCAGUGCUGUCGUCUCCUAUAUUACACGGCACUUCCCUGCAAUGCUUAUGUAGUGACCACUAAUAUUCAUGAUUCAGUUACUGCUGAUGAUAUGAGUUUUAUUGUAAAACAGCAAAAUCUUUAUGACAAUCCAGAGCCAUCUGU